AUGCUGCGGCAGGUGAUCCACAGAGGGCUCCGGUCGUUCUGCCACCACCUGGGCUUGUUCGUCAGCCGGCACCCUGUCUUCUUCCUCACCGUGCCCGCAGUCCUGACCAUCAUCUUCGGCUUCAGCGUCCUCAACCGCUUCCAGCCUGAAAUGGACCUGGAGCUCCUAGUGGCCCCGAGUCACAGCUUGGCCAAGAUCGAGAGGAGCUUGGCCAACAGCCUUUUCCCCCUCGACCGCUCCAAAAGCCAUCUCUAUUCGGACUUGCACACCCCGGGGAGGUAUGGCCGGGUGAUCCUUCUCGCCAAGCCCGGGGGCAAUAUUUUGCACCAGGCUGAAGGGCUGCUGCAGAUCCACCGAACCGUGCUGGAAAUGAAGGUGAACCACAAAGGCUAUAAUUAUACUUUUUCCCAUCUGUGUGUGUUGAGAAAUCAGGAUAAGAAAUGCGUGCUGGAUGAUAUAAUUUCAGUGCUAGAGGAUCUGAGGCAGGCUGCCCUCUCCAAUAAGACAACUGCCAGGGUGCAAGUGAGCUAUCCCAACACUAAAUUAAAGGAUGGGAGAAGCAGCUUUAUUGGCCAUCAGCUUGGUGGAGUCAUGGAGCUGCCAAACAGCAAGGACCAAAGGGUCAAGUCAGCCAGAGCUGUCCAAAUCACUUACUACCUCCAGACUUACCAUUCUGCAGCCCAGGACUUCAUUGGUGAGAAGUGGGAGAAUGAAUUCUGCAAACUGAUACACAAGCUGCAGCUCCAUCAUAAGGAUCUACAGCUGUAUUCUCUUGCUUCCUUUAGUUUGUGGAGGGACUUUCAUAAGACCAGCUUCCUAGCCAAGGGCAAGAUCUUAGUGAGCCUCAUGCUUGUUCUGUUGGUGGCCAUCCUCUCCAGCUCCAUGAAAGAUUGCCUUCGCAGCAAGCCAUUUCUUGGGCUCUUGGGAGUACUCACAAUCUGCAUCUCCAGUGUUACUGCUGCAGGAAUAUUUUUCAUUACUGAUGGAAAAUAUAAUUCAACUCUGUUGGGGAUCCCUUUCUUCGCAAUGGGUCAUGGAACCAAAGGAGUAUUUGAACUUCUGUCAGGAUGGCGUCGAACCAGAGAAAAUUUGCCGUUUAAAGACAGGGUUGCAGAUGCCUAUUCGGACGUAAUGGUUUCCUACACCAUGACAAGCUCCUUGUACUUCAUAGCCUUUGGCAUGGGUGCCAGUCCUUUCACCAACAUUGAGGCUGUGAAAGUCUUCUGCCAGAACAUGUGCAUCUCCAUCCUGUUGAACUACUUCUACAUCUUCUCUUUCUUUGGCUCCUGCCUGGUGUUUGCUGGGCAGCUGGAGCAGAAUCGUUACCACAGUAUCUUCUGCUGUAAAAUCCCUUCUGCAGAGUAUCUGGAAAGGAAACCCAUUUGGUUCCAAACCAUGAUGAGUGAUGGGCACCAGCAGUCUUCUCAUCAUGAGACUGACCCGUACCAGAACCACUUUAUCCAGCAUUUUGUAAGGGAGCAUUACAAUGAAUGGAUCACUAAUAUCUAUGUUAAGCCAUUUGUGGUGAUACUGUAUCUCAUUUAUGCUUCUUUCUCCUUUAUGGGCUGCCUGCAAAUCAGUGAUGGGGUCAAUAUUAUCAAUUUGCUUUCUAGUGAUUCUCCAAGUGUGUCCUAUGCUGUUAUUCAACAGAAGUACUUCAGCAAUUAUAGCCCCGUGAUAGGAUUUUAUAUCUAUGAACCUCUUGAGUACUGGAAUGGCACUGUCCAAGAUGACCUAAAGAAACUGACUGACGGCUUUAACACACUGUCCUGGCUCCAGCAAUAUUACCAUUAUCUGAGAGCUGGGAAUAUCAGUGCAACCAAUAAAAGUGACUUCCUUAGCAUCCUCCAAAACUCCUUUUUAAGAAAGUCUGAGUUUCAACACUUUAAAAAUGAUAUUAUUUUCUCCAAGUCUGGAAAUGGAAAUAACAUCAUUGCUUCCUGUAUGUAUCUUGUAGCUAGGACUAGUGAAAAAACACAAAGCGAUGUUAUAGAAUUAUUGGAGAAACUCAGACCGUUGUCCUUGAAACAGAGCAUCAAGUUUAUUGUCUUCAACCCUACUUUUGUCUUCAUGGACCAGUACGGCCUCUCAGUAAUUAUGCCUGUCUUGAUCUCAAGUUUUGGCAUCUUGCUGGUCUUGUUACUCACAUUCUUCCUUGUUAUUCACCCUCUGGGGAAUUUCUGGUUAAUUCUCACUGUCACCUCAAUAGAGUUGGGGGUCCUGGGCUUGAUGACUUUAUGGAAUGUAGACAUGGAUUGCAUUUCUAUAUUGUGCCUUAUUUACACUUUGAAUUUUUCCAUAGAUCACUGUGCACCCCUGCUUUACACAUUUGUACUGGCAACUGAGCAUACCAGAACUCAGUGUAUAAAAGGUUCACUCCAAGAACAUGGAACAGCAAUUUUGCAAAAUGUGACAUCUUUUCUUAUUGGGUUGGUCCCCCUCCUUUUUGUGCCUUCAAACUUGACCUUCACACUGUUCAAAUGCUUGCUGCUCACUGGGAGUUGCACACUUCUGCACUGUUUUGUUAUUUUACCUGUCUUCUUAACGUUCUUCCCACCGUCCAAAAGACACCGUAAGAAAAAGAAACGAGCCAAACGAAAGGAGCGAGAAGAAAUUGAAUGUAUUGAAAUUCAAGAAAAUCCUGACCACGUGACAGCAGUCUGA